UAAAGCUGUCAUAAAAAAUUGCUUAAAUUUACGUUGUCUAGUGAACAUUGAGCUACGGUUUCAGUUUUGUACGACCAGCGUGCCAUUUCUAUCUCUAAUGUCGCCACUACAAAAUAGUUAACAGUUGUAUUGUCCACCGGUGUCUACCUCAAAAGCAGUGCGGCGUGUCAAAAAUAAUAAGUGCGACGUCAAAAAUGAAAAGUUUAACGGUUAUUUUUACCAUUCUCAAUUUUCUGUUACCUGUUUUAUGCAACUUUGACCUUUUAAUUUUGCAUAAUAACGACAUACACGGCAGAUUCGAAGAGACUGAAAAAAAUUCGGGAACUUGCCAAUCUAAAAACAAAAAUAGGACUUGCGUUGGGGGCUUUGCGAGAAUCGCUCACGAGGUGAGGAAGUAUAGAAAAGCCGCUGCCGAUCAAAGUGGACCGGAAGUUUUGUUUUUGAAUGCGGGAGAUACUUUUAUAGGGACCGUUUGGUAUACGGUCCACACGUGGAAUAUUUCUUCAACGUUUUUGAAUGUUAUCAGCCCCGAUGCUCAAUCUCUGGGAAAUCAUGAGUUCGAUAAAGGACCAGACGAAUUAGUAAGAUUUCUACAAAAAGUAACGUUUCCAACAGUAACUUGCAAUUUAAAUUUAUCACAAGAACCAACACUUCAACCUUACGUGAAAAAUUACGUCGUUAUAGAAAAAGCAGGAAGAAAAAUCGGUAUAAUAGGAUAUUUAACUCCAGAAACAGUAAAAAUAUCUAGCCCUCGGAAUACGAUAUUUCUCGAUGAAAUCGAAGAAAUCAAAAAGUACAGUGAGAUAUUAGAUAGUGAAGGGGUAAAAAUUAUUAUUGCUCUCGGUCAUUCCGGUUACCUAAAAGAUAAGGAAAUAGCAGAAAAAGUACCGUUGGUUGAUAUAGUUAUCGGCGGUCAUACCAACACAUUUUUGUGGAACGGUGCUCAACCAGACACAGAAGCUAUAGAAGGACCGUAUCCGACUAUGGUUAAACAACCAUCUGGGAAAGUUGUACCUGUUGUACAAGCUUAUGCGUAUACUAAAUAUUUAGGAAUCUUGAAUGCGACAUUCGAUGAAAAUGGAGAUUUACUAAAAUCUUAUGGUAAUCCAUUAUUACUAGAUAAUUCAAUUCCACAAGACGAAGAUUUAUUGGAGCUGCUGGACGUUUACAGUCCGGCCGUUAACAAAGUAAAUUUAGAAACUGUUGGUACUUCGAAUGUUCUUCUAGACGGUAACGAUAUCAAAUGUAGAAGACAAGAAUGCAACUUCGGUAAUUUAAUAGCAGACGCGUUUGUGAUGUACAAAGCUACGAUGUCGCCUGUUUCUUGGAGUGAUACCCCAAUAGGAUUUAUGAACGGUGGCGGAAUUAGAACUUCAAUAACACCCGAUGAUAGUAAAAGUAUAAGUAGGGGAGAAAUAUUAGCAGCCCUUCCUUUCGGUAACCAAGUUGUUUCUCUCAAAUUAAAAGGAGAAGAUUUGAUAAAAACUCUCGAGUUGGGUAUAAGAGGUAACGGUGAAACGUCGGGAGGAGAAUUUUUACAAGUUUCGGGAUUACUUAUUGUCUACGAUAGAUCGAAGCCGGCCAUGUCGAGGGUAGUUUCAGUCAAAACUAGAUGUGGAAAUUGUGAUAUACCCAAAUACGAAGAUAUAGACCCUACGAAGAUUUAUAGCGUGGUUUUGAUCGAUUUUUUAGCUAAUGGAAACGACGGACAUUAUAUUUUAAAAGAGAAAGCUUUCGAUGUAAAAAAUGAAGAUUUGGCGGACGUAGAUUGUAUAUCGUGGUAUUUUCAGCACUACAGUCCAGUGUUUGCUGAAGAACAAGGAAGAAUCAAAUUUGUAACGAAAAACGUUGAAGCAAGUGACGCAGUAUUACAUCAACCAUUUAGAUUUAGUGUUUUAUUUAUGAUUUUUUCGUUUUUAUGCAUUUUUCAAUUUUAAAUAAAUGAUAAAUGUUGUUAUGCAAUUACUUUCUGCAUCUAGAUGCCGGUUGAUAUAGUUUAAAUUGUAGGAACGAAAAAUUGCGUGCUAAAUAUGAGGGUUGCUAGUUAAAUCUUUAGAUUGACAAAUAAAAACAAAAAUUUAUGAUUUCAUAUAGCUUUAUUGUUUAUCAAUGUACUUUCCAGUAAGAUCAAUACACUUUUGCAUGUGUUUGAACCAAUUGCCGAAGGGUUUUUCCCAUUCCGAUUGAGGUACCUCCAAAACAUGUGAUUUGAAUGCAUUAUUUGCUUCUUCGGGCUUAGAAAAACGUUGACCUCGCAAUUUGUUUUUAUCUGCGGAACCAUUGGGUCCAAAACAAUGACUCUAUAGCGGAUGACCCAUCAAUUCGACAUUUUGACUGUUUGAACUGAUGUGUGUGGGCUCGAAUUGUUGUCAUAU